GACUAAUGUUAUGUUAAAGAAUCUAUGUAUUACUAUAAUUCAAUAGGAGAUAAUGUUAUUAGAUAUCUAUAUUAUUAUUAAUUAUUUUUUUAGAGAGGAAAAUAAGAAAGUAAAUUGACAAGAUAUUUUUCAUGAAUACAUUAGGUCACUUCUUUCGUCAUGAAAAUACAUUAAAUUUUUAUCAGACGUAAUAAAUUUUUCCAAGUUCCAAAAAAAGAAGAAAAAAUGUAUACAAUCUCCAUUUCUCAAAAGCCUAUAAAUCAACCCACUCAAAAAUUAAACCUAGCUCAAUAAUCUUCCAAAUCCAAAAAAAAAAAAAAGUUUAUUAAAAAAAAAUGACAAAAUUUCAAAAAUUCCAUGAAGAAUGGCAUGGACAUCUUCGUGAAUUAGUACAACAAAUGAGCAAAUUACCAAAAUUUUGUACUACAAAUCAAGAUGAACAAAACACAAAAUUAUUAAUCCAAAAAGUGAUUUCACAUAUUAAUGAAUACUAUAGAGUAAAGUCAUUAGCAGCCAAAAAUGAUAUACUUUAUAUUUUUAGUGCACCAUGGUCUAAUUCUCUUGAGAGGUCUUUGUAUUGGAUUGCUGGUUGGAGACCUACUACUGCUUUUCAUAUUAUAUAUUCCGAAUGCGGAAUUCAAUUAGAAUCUCACAUAACUAAUAUUCUCAAUGGAUUUCGUAAUGGUGAUCUUGCAGACUUAUCUCCAGAUCAGUUAACUCGAUUUAGUGAACUUCAAUGUGAAACUAUUCAACAAGAAAAUAAUAUCACCGAACAACUCUCCAAUUGGCAGGAUAGUGUUAAUGAUAUAAUUGAAAACAUAGACAAGAAGAUGGAAACACUUUUAGGAAUAUUGAAAAGAGCAGAUGAAGUGAGGCUCAACACACUUCACAACUUGGUGCACCUCUUAACACCACAACAACUCCUUGAGUUUUUUAUUGCAGCAUCAAACUUGCUUUUCGAGAUCCGUAGCUGGGGAAUCAAUUACGAUAAUCAACGAGUCAAAGAAUUGGACGUAUCUGUAUUGAAGUUCUGAUUAAUUUAAAUUUUUUUUUUAAAAAUAAUUUGUAGUUUAACGUGAACUUUUGAUAAUUGUAGUCUUAGUAGUGUUGCUUUUUAGUUUCUACCAUAUUAUUAUUAAAAUUAAAAUUAGAGGGAAAUAUUUGGUGAGUCGGUUUAAGUUGCAUGCCUUUUUUCAAAACCUUUUAUGUAUGCAAUACUUGUCAAAUCA